AUGAGUGAUGUUGAUGAAGUAGCUGAUAUGCUUGAAGAUCUUCUUUCAAAACACCGAAAAGAGAAGAAAGCACUUAAAGAAAAAUGUUUGAAUCUCAAAAAAGUAGCCAAAACCGGGAACAAACAGAAGCAAAAAGAAACUAGUGCACAGAUCGAACAGCUUGAGAAAGAGCUUGAGCAGAAGCACAAGGCUGAACUUGAGAUUGUCAAACCAAAAGAAACUGUUGAAGUAGUAGAAGCCAACAUUGAAAAGGAUCCCAUCACUAAUGAUAAUGAAGAAGCAAGCUAUUAUAGUGAACGCAAAAUGACAGGAAGACAAGCGAAACGACAAGCAAAGAAAGAUGAGCAAGCGAAACGAGUGCAGGAAGCUAUUCUAGAAGAUCGUCAAAAUUCCUCUUCUUCUUUACGGAUAAUUGAGUUGAAGGCCAUCAACAAGGUGCUUGAUGACCAGGGUCUACAAUUAUUUGACAUAGCUCCUGACGGUGAUUGCCUUUAUAACGCUAUCGCUCACCAACUCUCAAAGAUCAGUGGAAAUGAAACAACAACAGGAAAAGAUAUGAGACGACGAGCCGCCACAUACUUGCUUGGCCAUAAGGACGAUUUUGCACCUUUCCUAACUAAUAGCGAUGGGGAACCAUUGGACGAAUUCGAGUUUGAAGAGUAUUGUGAAAAUGUUAGGAAUGAAGCUAAGGACGGAGGAGUUUGGGGUGGAGAACCUGAGUUGAAUGCUAUGAGCCUGAGUCUCGAGAGAAAGAUAAUUGUGAUACAACCGGAAGGCCGUUUCGUCACUUUUGGAGAACAAUUCACGACAAAACCUUUGACAGUGGUGUAUCAUAGGCAUGCUUAUCAAUUGGGGGAGCACUAUAACUCUACUCAACUUAAAUCUGUUGUAGCAUAA